AUGGAGACGAGGAUUCCCGCAAGAGAAGUAACGGCAACGAAGGUGUUAGUGAUAGAGAAUGCAACAGAGGGUGUCUCAUCUCCUUCUGGCUGUUCCGGUGCAUCCCCUCCUGGGCCUGAUGUUGGGCCGUUUGAGUCUGGUGCUGGUGGAGAAGAAGUGGUUGCAGGAGAAGGUGUUGGUGAUGGAGCUGGUGCUGAAUUGGGUGAUAAUGAUUGUGUGGGUGCAGGUGCAGGAGCUUCUUGUGCCAUGCAUGAAGUAGCCAAAAGCCCCAAUAUAACAAACACUUUGAUUGCAACAAAACAAUCCAUGUUCUUUUGA